GAUGUGCCCAAGUUCAGCGCAAGUGUGAAGGUGCUGACUUCUGGUGGCGGUGGUUGUGGCGAAAGUUCUAAGAAAUCAAGCAUUGUGAGGAUAAUUCUACCUGUGCUUGUUGGUGCAUUGUGUCUCGUUGGACUCGGAGUUUGCCUCUACGCCAAGAAGAGAAGGAGACCCGCUAAAGUUCAGAGUCCAAACACCAACAUGGUUAUCCAUCCUCAUCACUCUGGUGACAGCGAUGCGAUUGAACUCGCUGUUGCAGCCGAGAGCUCUUACAGUCACAGCGGAAGCGCCAACAGUGACAUACACGUCGUGGAGUCUGGGAACUUGGUUAUCUCCAUACAGGUUUUGAGGAGUGUGACGAACAACUUCAGCGAAGAGAAUAUCCUCGGGACAGGCGGUUUCGGUGUAGUUUACAAAGGUGAACUCAACGAUGGAACGAAAAUAGCUGUCAAGAGGAUGGAGUCGUCUGCUUCUGUUGUGAGUGAUAAGGGACUCGCUGAGUUCAAAUCAGAGAUCGAUGUUUUGACUAAAAUGCGUCACCGUCAUCUCGUUGCGCUUCUAGGGUACUGCCUUGAUGGUAACGAGAGGCUUCUUGUAUACGAGUACAUGCCACGGGGAACACUGAGCCAGCAUCUGUUCCACUGGAAAGAAGAAGAGCGGAAACCUCUUGAUUGGACUAGAAGGUUGGCUAUUGCUUUGGAUGUAGCUAGGGGUGUUGAGUAUCUACACACGUUUGCUCAUCAGAGUUUCAUCCAUAGGGAUCUUAAGCCAUCAAACAUCCUCCUUGGUGAUGACAUGAGAGCUAAGGUCUCUGACUUUGGGUUAGUCCGUUUAGCCCCUGAAGGAAACUACUCCAUCGAGACUCGUGUAGCUGGGACCUUCGGUUACCUUGCUCCAGAAUAUGCAGUGACUGGAAGAGUGACGACCAUGGUAGACAUAUACAGCCUGGGGGUCAUACUUAUGGAGCUAGUCACUGGACGUAAAGCCUUAGAUGUGACCCAACGUGAGGACAGCGUCCAUCUAGUGACAUGGUUCCGUCGUGUAGCAGCAAGCAAAGUCAGAGACGAAAACGCCUUCAAAAACGCAAUAGACCCAAACAUCAAGCUGGACGAAGAGACCUUAGCCAGUGUUGAAAAAGUCUGGGAGCUUGCUGGUUAUUGCUGUGCACGUGAGCCUUACCAAAGACCUGACAUGUCUCACAUUGUUAACGUUCUGUCUUCGCUCACAGUCCAAUGGAAACCAACUGACGUCGAACCUGAUGAUCUCAACGGGAUAGACUAUGAUUAUUGA